GCAUCGGCGAUUCAGUGCUCCUCACGGUGCUCCUGGACAUCUCGUGCGCCUGCGUCGUGCUCGACCACUUGAUGAGGUUCACGGCGGGCAAGUUUGAGGCGAAGCACUCCACCAGCGUCGGGUGGCAGUCGUUCCACGCUCUGGUCGCGGUGACGCAG